AUGUUCCCUGAGCGUGUCGACAGUAUGGUUCUCGACUCAGUCUUUGACGGCCAGGAUUCUAUGGAGAGCUUGCCUUUAUCUUCACACGACUCUAUCAUCCGAGCCGAUUCCAGACGUGUCGGCAGCCAUUUUUCUGGUCUUGACGCAGAAUUUUACAGCAAUACUCCAGCCCUUGCGCCCGGAUACUCAACUGACCCGACACCGCCAACUCCCCCAUGGAAAUUUGCAGCUUCAGACAAUUUCUGGGGCAUGGCAUGUACUGAUGUGUCCUUCCGAGCUCGCAAGCCAUGGGGGCAUUUGAAAUUCUAUGCGCUGGAGGUGAGGAGGCAAGUAGCCAUCUAG